GUCACCAGCGCUGUGAAGGUUGUCCUGCAACACUUCCUGACCUGUCAGAGGCCUUGUGUGACAGCAGACUGGCAGUUUUAGAUUCGCAUCGUGCUUCGACGGCUCUUUGCAGCGAGCCAGCUUCUUCUUUUAUUUUAUUUAUUUUUUUGUCCCCAGUGAGGUCAGCAUGUCACCACACCUGAGCGCAUUGGCCACACGCGUGGACUGCGUGGAAGGCAGAGAGUCCUGAGAGCGGCAUUUGGCUCACUUUUGGAGACUUUUUAUUUAUUCAAUUGAUUUAAUCUAUUAGGUGUACAUAAUUAGUAAGAAACGGAAAUUUACCCAAAUCUGGCCCGAUGGAGUCCGCAGCCACGGCGGGGCAGAGCCCGGUGGAGUUGGAGUUUACGCAGGAGAACGUAGAGACGGCUCUCUACCAGCUGUACUUCGAUCCAGACAUGGAGCGUAAGAAUGUGGCUCAGAAGUGGUUGACCCAAGCCCAAGCCUCUGCACAGGCAUGGCAGUUCUGCUGGGCCCUGCUCAACCCUGAAAAGAUCCCAGAGAUUCAGUUUUUCGGUGCCAGCACGCUCCACAUCAAGAUCUGCCGUCACUGGGGCGACCUGCCUGCGGAGCACCACGAGGACCUCAGAACACAGCUUCUUUCUCAUAUCUUACGCUUCUCCUCUGGCCCAAAAAUGGUGCUAACUCGGCUGUGCGUAGCGCUGGCCUCCAUGGCUCUGAACCUGAUCCCCCAGGCCUGGUCCAAGCCAGUGGCAGACAUGGUGAGGGCAUUCCAACCUCAGAAAGCAGACUCUGAAGGUGAUCCUGGUGCCAAGGCCUCUCAGGACCCCCAUGCACAUUGCCUUGCCCUCCUGGAGCUCCUCACUGUACUUCCAGAGGAGUUCCAGAGUGGCCGUUUGGCCCAAGCCCGUCGCACCCAGCUGAGGGAGGCUCUGGUCGGGGAGUGGGCUGUGGUGUGCGCCAUGCUCCGGCAGCUCCUACAAAGCCAGGACUCGUCUGUUAAGGUGAAGGAGAAAGUUCUCCGCUGCUUCUCUAGCUGGGUGGGGCUAGACGUGCCACUGGGGGAGAGCCAGGAACUGGUCCAGGACUGUUUCACAGCGCUGUCCGACCCGGGGCUGUUCGACACCGCGGUGGAGACCAUAGUCACCGCCGUCUCACAGCCGGAUUGCCAGAGGUUCAUCAGUGUCCUUCUGAGUCUGAUGCCUCUGGUGCUGGGCCUUUAUGACCAGCUGAAGACAGCAGCUCAGGACGGGGACAUGGAGACCACCCAUGGCAUCUGUCGCAUAGCUGUUGCUCUGGGGGAAACGCACUCCAGGGUUUUGCUGGAACAACUGGACCACUGGCAGGAGUACAUGGCUCUGGUGAACAUGAUUCUGUUCUGCACGGGGAUCCCUGGACACUACCCAGUUAACGAGACCACGAGCUCCCUGACUCUCACCUUCUGGUACACACUGCAGGACGACAUUUUAUCGUUUGAGGAAGAAAAGCAGGGGGGUUACCUGCAGGUCUACAAGCCAGUUUACUUCCAGCUGGUCGACGUGUUGCUGCUCAAAUCCCACUAUCCCUCCCAGGAGGAAUACGCCUCCUGGUCCUCUGAUGACAAAGAGCAGUUUCGAAUUUACAGGGUGGACAUCUCAGACACGCUGAUGUAUGUCUAUGAGAUGCUGGGAGCGGAGCUGCUCAGUAACCUCUACGACAGGCUGGCCAGGCUGCUCAUGGACCCGCAGCAGUCAGCAGUAUGGCAGGACACUGAAGCAUUGCUGUUCGGCUUCCAGUCCAUAGCCGAGACCAUCGACGUGAACUACUCUGACGUUAUUCCUGGUCUCAUUGGUCUGAUCCCAAGAAUCAACAUUGGCAACGUGAUGCUGGCUGACACAGUCAUGUACACCAUAGGGUCACUGGCUGAGUGGUUGGCGGACCAUCCUGUGAUGCUGGCUGGCAUAUUACCCAUGGUGCUGCGGGGCCUGGUGAAGGCAGAGCUGUCUGUGUCCAGUAUCUCCACACUCAAGCGGAUCUGCAGAGAGUGUCGACAUGACCUCGCCCCCUACGCUCAGGACAUCCUCACCGUCUCUCAGGAUGUGCUGCUCAAAGAAAUCCACGAGAGCAGCCAGUGCAUGUGGCUGAUGCAGGCCUUGGGUUUCCUGCUGUCGGCCCUGCCGCCUGAGGAGAUCUUAGGCAGGCUGCACUCACUCAUCACCCCUCACAUCCAGCAGCUGGACUCACUGGCUCGACAGGAGCCCAAUCCUGCAAAUAAACAGAGCAUAGUGUACAGCUUGGGCUUGCUGUCCAGCCUCUUUACCACCCUGGAUGUCAACAGGUCUGCAGAUGGCUUAGAGGAAGAAGACGUCAGCCCCAGACGCACGCCCUCACAGAGCGUUCAAAACCCAGUCGUAGUUGUGCUGCAGCAAGUGUUCCCUUUAAUCCAGACCAUCAUUAGUAAAUGGCUUCAUGACUCUGAAGUAGUAGAGGCAGUGUGCGGGGUCUUUGAUAAAUCCGUGCGGACCCUCCUGCAUGAUUUCGGCCCCAUGGUGCCUCAGCUGAGCGAGAUGCUGGGGCAGAUCUACAGCACUUACCCACAAGCCCCUGCUCUGGACCUGACCCGUCAAAUGGUGCAUAUCUUUGCUGGAGAGGAGCAACACAUCCCUGACAUCAGAAGCCUUGUGGAAGUGCUGACCUUAACAACGCUGGCCAUAUUCCAACAAGGUCCAAGGGAGCAUCCUGACGUCGCAGAGUCAUUCAUGUGCCUUCAUGCUCAGAUCCUUAAAAGGAGUCCAGAUUUGCAUCCGUCAGCCCAGUCAGAUGUCAAGGCUCUGUUUUACUCAGGGAUCCUGUCCAUCAAGUUCCCAGAGACGCCUACUGCUAAAGCUGCCUGCCUAUUCUUUACAGAGUUUCUGAGCCGCUGCAAAGACAUGCCAUCCCUCAGUGACGUGCUGCAGAGCGAUGGGAAGACCCUGACAGAGACAGUGCUACAAGCUGUUGGAGGGGGAUCUUCCCGCAGCCUGAUGGAGCACUUCUCUGAGGUUCUGCUCAGUCUGAACCGACAGUGCCCGGCCCUGCUGUCUCAGUGGCUGACAGAGACCCUGCAGACCCCUGGCUUCCCUUCGGCGCAUGUGACUGCAGAGCAGAAGCACGCGUUCUCCCAGCAGAUCCUAAGGGAGCAAACGAACAAACGGCGCGUUAAGGAGACCGUGAAGGAGUUCUCUCUGCUCUGCAGGGGUCUGCAGGGGUCCGGGUACUCCGAGUGCUAGUCAGAGCUGCGGUCGGGUUCCUGCAGCGCCUCGACGACACGAAGCAGCUCUUACCUCAGGACAACCCGGAUCCGUUUGAACACGGCCAGAGUGUCCAACGGGACGGUGCACUCAGGAUGUGGCGCGGGCAAACAACCCUUGGGACUGACCCCACUCGGCAACACACACACACACACACACACACACACACCGAGUGAACCUGUCAAAGGCAUCGGGGUCACCGCCGGACUUUUUUUUUUUUUUUUUUU